UUUGUCCAUAUAUUCAUUAACUCUCAAUCAAUAUUACUGUCUUCCAUUUUAAUAAAUCAUCAUUCCAUGUGAAAUUUUCAAAGCCAGAGCAUGGUCCCAGUCCAUGCCCCACCUCCCAUGUGACCCCUUUACGUGCCCCAAUAUCAAUGUUCCAAAUUCAUCAGUCUUCAUUCGUCAACCUCUCUCCCCUCCUCUCUCUGCAAAUGGCAAGAAAAACUCUGCUCAUUUUGGCAUUGACGAGCCUCUUCAGUGGCCUAGCAGCUGCAGACUGGAACAUUCUGAAUCAAAAAUGGAAAAAUGCAAGAGAAGAUAGCUUGAAAAACUACUGUGAAAGUUGGAGGAUCAAUGUUGAGCUGAACAACAUAAGGGAGUUCGAAGUAGUGCCCCAAGAAUGCGUAGAUCACAUCAAGAAAUACAUGACUUCAUCUCAGUACAAGGCUGACUCUGAGAGAGCAAUCGAGGAAGUGACGCUAUACUUAAGCAGUUGUUGCUCUUUAGGCGGUGAUGGUAAAGAUGCAUGGAUUUUUGAUGUUGAUGACACACUCAUUUCUACCAUUCCUUACUUCAAGAAGCAUGGUUUUGGGGGAGAGAAGGUGAAUUCAACUUCAUUGGAGGAAUGGAUGAAAGAGAGUAAGGCGCCGGCCCUGGACCACACACUCAAGCUGUUCCAGGGGAUCAAAGAAAGAGGGGUUAAAAUCUUUCUAGUCUCUUCAAGAAGAGAAUCUCUCAGAUCUCCAACUGUUGAUAACCUCAUCAAUGUCGGAUACCAUGGAUGGACUGGUCUCAUCUUAAGGAGUCUUGAUGAUGAAUACAUGCAUGUGCAACAAUACAAGUCCCAGGUGAGAAAAAGGUUAGUGGAUCAAGGGUACCGCAUAUGGGGCAUCAUUGGAGAUCAAUGGAGCAGUUUAAAGGGCCUACCAGAUGCGAAGAGAACAUUUAAGCUGCCAAAUUCCAUGUAUUACCUGUCCUAAAACUUUAUCUGAAUCAAUCAUAUGCCUCAUUUGUUAUAUUACAUCCUAAAAUGUUUACAAUCUACAGCUUUGUAAUGGAUUCGCAAGUUAAAACGAUGACUACUAAAAAAAACAGAAAUGCUGUAUUUUUUUUUCUAAUAUAAUUUUGGAAUCCCAAAACUUCUUCAAUAUGAUUUUUUGUUUCCUGAUAAGUAAUCAAACAUCCAUAUGACUUUUGUUGGUGAAACUAUUAAUAAAGACUCCAUUUCUGUAUAAAGGAAAUAAUUAAA